AUGGAGGGUCCUACUAAGACCGUACCAUUUCUGAACGGCGAUCACCACAAUUUCCCUCGAGAUCCCCUCGCAUCUUGCGAUCCUCAGAAUAUCAGUGCGGAUGCCGAUAUAGCUAGGACUCCAAAAGACGCGGGCGGUGUGCAGGCGCAGGAUCCAAACUAUGGCUCAUCCAUCGCGGUCGAGAAGGAUAUUCCGGCAGGAGUGAGGAUUGCAGAUGGCGCAGCAGGAUUAAAUGGGGCUGACAAAGGUCGCAAUGAUGUCGCACAUGAAUACGUGGAACCGCAUGCAGCCAUGGCAUCCUCCGACGACAUGCCAGAGGUUCAACAACUUAGUGGUUUGGCUGCAUCGCUUACACCAGUAGCAGCUCGCAAUGAGAUGAGGACGAGUGAGGUACACGCGAGCCCGGUCACGAAUGGAGUAGCAACCAGGUCGGCGGACGAGGGACUCAAAAUGUCCGAUGAAAAGGGACAAGGGCCUAUGACCUCCCUGGGAUCACUUCUUGGCGGAUCUGUCGACCUUCAGGACAAACCACCAAUCUCUAACGAGGAGCCUAACCCUCACAGUGUCACGCCGACCGGGACCGGCGGACUUCCAACGUCUUCAAACGGAGAUGCCUUCACUUCAACACCAGAUGUCGAGCCUAUGAGCCUGGGACCGUCAGUAGACGCAGACGCAAGACGGCCUCGCAAUUUGACAAUCGAAACAGGAAACAAAGUCGUGCCUUCUGUACUUAGCUAUUCAGCACGGCCUGGUCUCUCUCAACGGGCUCUGUCCACUCCUGGCUCAGUGAGAAGCCCUUUGUCUCCCCACAAGGGCGAUAAAGUUGGCUCACGGCCAACUCUUAAGAUCCCCGAAACCGCAGCUAGGAGUGAGGGAACAGGGGGAAGAAGACAUUCGUCUUCAGGGCGGCCUCUACCGUCUCCUAUGCCUACGUCUAUUCCACUGCCGCCGUUAUCAAUACCAACAUAUCUUCAGCUCGAGCUAUCAUCGCAACGACCAUCGCCACUCUACAUCCACAGAGCCGCCAACAGCGACUUCCCAUACGAAUCCUCUCGCGUCAAGACUGAGAGAUUGUUGAAUUUCCUGGUGCUACCAUUCUACCUCGAGAGUGUGCUUUGGUUCGGCACUCUGGCAUGCGUUGACUCUUGGUUGUAUACAUUCACCAUUCUCCCCCUGCGGCUUCUAAAGUCUAUUUACAUCUUAGCCAAGUCAUGGUGUGCCAACUUCAUGGGAGAAGUGCAUUUCGUGUCCCGUUUCGUGUACAGCGGUGCCGGCCGGAUGUGGCGGAGAAGACGAAGCAGUGUUGUGCCUACGACGAUCCGAAAGCCCUCAGGCUCCGAUGCUGCUGAGCAUAAAGUAAGCCAGUCCCUCUCCUCUCAUACCCGCAAACCUGGGAGACAACAUCAGCGAAUGAAGUCUAUCCCUUCAGCAUUGCUGCCUGACGACAAGGCCGACAUGUUGAAAGGUCUUCUGAUUAUCUGCACCAGCCUUGUGCUUCUUAGGCUCGAUGCGAGCCGGAUGUACCACUGGAUUCGUGGGCAAGCUGCGAUCAAGCUUUAUGUGAUCUACAACCUCCUCGAAGUCUGCGACCGCUUGUUUUCUGCUAUCGGACAGGAUGUCCUCGAAUGUCUCUUCUCAAAGGAAGCCCUGGAGCGCAAGCCUGACGGACACAGCAAGGUUUUGCGGCCGUUCUGGUUGUUCGUACUGGCGCUUAUUUACACAGUCAUUCACUCAACGGCUCUCUUCUACCAAGUCAUCACUCUCAACGUUGCCGUAAACUCUUACUCCAACGCACUCAUCACGCUCCUCAUGUCCAAUCAAUUCGUCGAGAUCAAAUCCACGGUCUUCAAAAAAUUCGAGAAGGAGAACCUGUUCCAAUUGACCUGCGCGGAUGUGGUCGAACGUUUCCAACUCUGGCACAUGCUUGUCAUCAUCGCGUCUCGCAACAUCGUCGAAACAGGUGGCUUGAGCGCAGGACUGACAGCUUUCACCAAAACGACAGCAUCCUCACCCCCGGCUCCACUGAUCACAAACUCCAGCAUCCCUAUUACCACCGCCCUUCCUCCUGGCUCCGUCUCCUCCAUUCUACCCAAAUCAUUCACCUUGGUGCCAGCCGUGGUGCAAACGAUAACAACGUAUGCGCCGGCUGUCUCGCAGGUACUUGGCCCCUUUCUCGCCGUCCUGGGCUCCGAAAUGCUCGUCGACUGGCUCAAACACGCCUACAUCAACAAAUUCAACAAUACCCGUCCCGCGAUCUACGAACGAUUCCUCGACGUGCUGGCGAAAGACUACUACACCAACGCCUUCGGCGACCAAAACCUCACCAAAAGACUGGGCCUACCAGUCAUCCCCCUAUCCUGCCUCCUGAUCCGAGCGAGCGUGCAGACCUACAAGAUGUUCAUGGCGGCCUGGGUCCCCUCUUCGCCCACCAGCUCGACCAGUCUCGCCAGUAUCCAUGAACACUACUCUUCUUCCGCACGCGGCGUAAUGCCAAUGACAACGUCCACCGCCAUAUCACAUACGCUCGACGAAAUCAUCGCCUUUAUCCCCAGUUCUCUCAAGACCUCUAGCGCGGUCACGCACAUUACCACAUUCCUGCUCUUCUUGCUCUUCUUCCUCGUCCUGCUAGCGUUGAAGCUCGUGCUCGGCAUGCUCCUACUUUCGUUCGCACGAUCUCGCUAUCGGAGCAUGAAACUUCGCGAGCGCAACCCCAUUUACCACGUCGACGGUGGACGUAGGGUCGGCGGCUGGGGUGUCGUCGAGGUCGAUGACGACAAGAGACGAUGGAUCUACGACGACGACCCAGCCGGGCACAAGAAUGUCAAGGAUCGCGAGGAGAAGGACAAGAAGAGCAAGGAGAGGGGGAACGGGGUGGAGAGCUUUGAGAAGGUUAAGAGAUAUGAGAUGGUGGCCAAGAGGAUCUGGUGA